GCGUCGCCCCUACACCCCCCCACAAUCUCGUUCAUUCAUCCAUCCACAUCCGUGAUUUGGCUCAACGUUAUGGACUUUCAGCGAUGCGUGAACGUGAAUAUCAUCACGAUUACGGAAAACCUAUUUUUCGCGAUAUUCGGACAGAAGGACACCGACGAUUUCACGAUUGCUCUUCACAGCGGCACCCAACCGAGCUGGACAUUAUUCCUCUUCAAGUUUUCCUUCUCGAUCUACAUGAUGGUCACCGUCAUCGUACUGAUAAACCUCCUGAUCGCCAUGAUGAGCGACACCUACCAGAACAUCGUGUCCCAGUCGGACAUCGAGUGGAAGUACGGCUUGAGCAAACUCAUCCGCAACAUGCAAAAAACAACGAUGGCACCGUCUCCCCUGAAUCUCAUAACGUCGUGGCUGGUUUAUUUGCACAAAUCUUUCGAGGAGAGGCGCGAAAACAGAAAGCGCAUGAGCGUCAUGAACAGCUUCAUAGGCCGGAGGCUGCCAAAGAGCCCGUUUUCACCGAACAACAACAUCAAAUCGGCCCAAGACAGCCUUGGGUUGUCUUUGCUGCAGCCGAGUCCGCUGGGCAGCCAGUUGUCGUUCCGCAAUAUCUCCAACAUCAACAACGUCGUCGACUGGGAAAUCACGAGGCGCAAGUACAGAAUUCGAUUCGGCGGCGAGGUUGAAAAGCUCAAGGGUGCACCGACCAUUCUCGACGAAGCGCCGUAAAGCGGGUCAGCUCGCUUAUCUGGUUUUCGUUCCUUUUCCUCAAUCCCCGCGUAAUUUUUCCGAUGCCGAUGGAUCAUCCGUUACGCGGACAAACAAGAGACGACAAACUUUGUUUUCCACACCUGUGUGCUGCAUGUGUGUACGUUGGUGCUGUGUACAAAAAGCUUGGAACGAUGUUACAAAGUGUAAAAUAUAUUGCAAUAACACAAGUGA